GUCAAACUCUUGUGGGAGGAUUCACACCAGCUUCGUGUUUUCAGCGGAUAGUUUUAUAAAGCAGAUGCUGAACGAAUGAAGAAAAUGCUUUGCAUGUUUAUUUUUUUCUGUUUGUGCUGGAUGAGUCUGACUGGUGUGUUUGCUGCUGAAACAAAUGAAACACAGUCAGUGUCAGUGAUGGAGGGAGAUUCUGUCACUUUAUACAUUGAUGCUGCUGAAAUACAGAAAGGAGACAAUAUGCUGUGGAAAUAUGGAGCUGACAAGCAGAUUAUAGCUGAAAUCAGUAGAAUUUAUAAAUUGUUCAUCACAUAUAAUGGUCCUGAUGAGAGAUUCAGAGACAGACUGAAGAUGGACAAUCAAACUGGAUCUCUGACCAUCACAAACAUCACAACUGAACAUGAUGGAGAUUAUCAACUAGAGAUAAGAGGAGUGGAUCUGACAUUAAAAACAUUCACUGUUUCUGUCUACGCUCGUCUGCCUGUUCCUGUCAUCAGCAGUAACUCUUCACAAUGUUCGUCAUCAUCAUCAUCAAAUUGUUCAUUGGUGUGUUCAGCUGUGAAUGUGAGUCAUGUGACUCUCUCCUGGUACAAAGGAAACAGUUUAUUGUCCAGCAUCAGUGUGUCUGAUCUCAGCAUCAGUCUCUCUCUACCUCUGGAGGUGGAAUAUCAGGAUAAAAACACCUACAGCUGUGUGCUGAACAAUUCAUUCACUAACCAAACAAGACAUCUGGACUACAUCACUCAACUCUGUCACACGUGUUCAACAGAUCAGACUGACACAUUCACUUACAUUGACUCGUUUAUCAUUACAGCUCCUAGAGUUGUUCUCUGCUGUCAUUCUGCUGGAUCUCUGUUCAUUAUGGCUGGAUUUGGGAUCUUCUGCAUCUACAGGAAACUCAGAAAAACUGAACAGCAAGUUCAGAUUUGUGAAGAUGAGAAAACUUCUGCAAUGUUUCAUCAUCCAACGAUCUAUGAAAGAAACGCACAUAAAUGGAGAGCUGAAGAGUACAGUCACGUGGAGUAUGUGUCUGUCAGCAUGAGGAGAUGA